AUGUCGUCCGCAGCUGCUAAGCAGAUGUAUUAUAAGAUCUUGCAAAAGAGGUCGGUUAUUGGUAUGCCACCAACAGUCCGUAGAAAUAUUGAAAUUUUAGGCUUAAAGAAGAGAUUUGACAUAUCCUACCAAAAGGUUUCACCAUCCACCGCUCACAGAUUGGCCAAGGUAAAAGAGUUAGUAGAAAUCGAAUUAGUUGACGAACCAAAGACAAAGGAGCAAUUAAAAGAAGAAAGAAGACCAAACCCAGGCUUUGUACUUGUAAAGGCCAAUCCUAACACCCAAUAA